AUGUCGAAGCGGCCGCGUGUGGAGCGGCGCCCACGGCUUGGGCCAGCGAUAUACGACAAUGCCAAGCGGUUGAGACAGAAGCAGAGUAUCUUGGACACGCUCAUGAAGACAAAAGCCUUCACAGAGUCGUGGUCCUACUUGCAGCGAUUCGGCAUUACUUGGCAUUGGAGAACAAAACCAUGGCUGGUUCCCGAGUCCGAGGACCGCGACUACAUGAGUGCAAACGAAAAGAUCUCGUAA